AUGGUCGAAAAACGAAAUACCGAAAAAUGGGCAUCUUACUUGAAAAAAGUCGAAGAUAUAAAACGUCGAAAAUUUCUAGGUCUUUGCAACUUCUUACAAUCGAAUGGCACGCAUAACCAUCUCGUUGCACCUGAAGAAAUUAAGAUAAAACAGUUCCGAGACGCUCUCAAAGAACGUGUUAUCAAUGAAACAACACCGAUUUCGAAGGUAUAUGAUGAAGAGAUGAUUAAGGCACAUUUCUCGCUAGAAACUCUUGUAGAUGUGCCACGAUUUUUCAACAUAAAUUCUGCAUUGAAUCGAGCACGGCGGAAACGUACACCACUCCUUCCAACAUGCUCUUCAUUCGGUGUUCCCGAAUCGUAUCAAUUCACCAACAAUGGAGAAAAGUUUUUAUUUUGCGACGUCUUGGUGGGCCGUAAAAAGAGAAUGGUAUUAUUUGGAAGCCCAAAGCAACUUGAAGUCUUAUUUGAUAGUUCAGUUGUUUUUAUGGAUGGCACGUUUCUGGCAACGCCACCCAUGUUCGAUCAGGUUUUCACAACACAUGGUUUCAAGUUUGAACACCAUUUUUCUUGUGUGUACGGCCUUUUACCAGAUCGAAAAAAGUCAACUUAUCAACAACUUUUCAAAGAAUUGAAAAAUAUUGCUACGCAGACAAACAGAUUAUUUCAACCUGAAAGAAUCAUUACUGAUCUUGAAAGUGGUUUGAUAGCAGCGAUAGCCGUUGAAUCUCCUCAAGCUGUCCAUCAAGGUUGUUAUUUUCACUUCAACAGCUGCAUUUAUCGACGUAUUCCAAAGCUUAGAUAUAUUGAUGAUGGCUUCUUUACUUCAAAUGAAUCAAUAGAAACAGUUGAAAAAUUACUACAAGAUGUGCAUGCAUGGCUUCGAAAUAUCAAACUAAAAUAUCAUAUUGGUAGUAGUCUUCCAUUUCUUGACGUUCUUCUUACCAACCAGAAAGGUGUUCUACAUACAGCAGUAUAUCAUAAACCUUCAGCUGAACCUUUUGUAGUGCCGUUCCUUUCCAAUCAUCCUCGCCAUGUAUUUCCAAAUAUUAUUCAAACAGCUCCAGUUCGAGCUAUACGUUAUUCAUCAACCUUUGACACAUUCAUUAAAGAACAGAUUGCUAUCGAAUUAAUGUUAUUAUAUAAUGGUGAUCCAUGUACAUAUAAUGAUAAACAAUUUCGAAAACUGUUCGACAAUUAUAUUUCAAGCACGUCACUUUUAGCAAAAAUUGACGACGAGAGUCACUCAGCCAACACCAAGACAAUCUCAAAUCGAAGCACAAAUUGCUCAAUCAAUAUCAUAAAUGAAAAUGAUCAACAAAAAGAAGAAGAAGAAAACGAACUAUCGAAAGAUUCAUUAGCACCAGCUAUCUUUCAGAAAACCAAAAAAAAAUCAAUUUCAAGAUGA